ACUAAUCGGCCAGCUGAUACAGCCUGUUUAGAGCAUAGACAUAUAUAGAUCAUACCUAUAUAUGUCUAUGGUUUGGAGCGCUACUGAAGCACCUCCCCUUCUGACGCAAUUUCCUUUUCCUCUUUCCUCUCCGAGAUGGCGCCGAAAAUGAAGAGUGUCAAGACUGUCAAGACUACCAAGAAAAGCAAGAAGGGAGCUUCUUGGAAGUACACCCUUGACCUCACACAUCCAGUGGAGGAUGGGAUCCUUGAUUCAGCCAAUUUUGAGAUCUUCCUGAAAGAGCGGGUGAAAGUCAAUGGCAAAACUGGCAAUCUUGGAAAUACUGUCCAAAUUGCACGCCUGAAGAAUAAGAUCAGUGUUGCAUCGGAAAAGCAGUUCUCCAAGAGGUAUCUGAAGUAUCUCACCAAGAAGUACUUGAAGAAGAACAACCUGCGCGAUUGGCUGAGAGUGGUGGCUUCGGACAAGGAGACCUAUGAACUGCGCUACUUCCAGAUCAGUCAGGAGGACGAUGAGUCUGAGACAGAAGACUGAUGCUUCGUCCAGCCAGCCAGGAGUUUGGAGGCAGUGAUUGCACAUGAGACCUGUGUUGACCAUGUAGCCCGAAGCUUGAUCGUAAAUAAAGAUGGGUUCGGGAUGUGUCCCUGAUCUCCCUCUUGGUA